UUCCCGACCAUAGGGAGUUAGAAUCACAUCGAAUAUGGCCCUUUCGGAUUAGUCUUGCAUAGUUAGUGAGAUAAAGAUUGAUUUUUGAGAUAAAGAUUGAUUUUUGAGAUACAUAAUGAUUUUUGAGAUACAAAAUGGAUUUUGAAUGGUAAGGAAUUGUGAUUUCAAUUAUGGUUUAUGUAUAAUUGAUUUUGUUGGAAUUACUUAAAUGGUUAGUCAUGAUUUGAUAAAUUGAAUUUUGUGAUCAAAGUCAUUUAUACAAAUGAUUUACAUUAUUGGAAACGAAUAUUUUGAGUUUUGAAAUUUGAUGAGUAUUCAGAUUCCCAAUUUAUUUACUGUAAAUUUUGUCAAUGUAUAUUGUACUAUGUUUUAAAUUAUAGUUGUGCACCACUGAGUUCACCACUCAGCGAUAGCUUUGUAUGCUGUCGCAGGUAAGAAGAGCAUAGAGCAGUAAGUAAAUUUCCUUGAAGAUAUAUUCAGAUCAGCUCCAGGAAUAGACAAUAUUGUGAAAAGAUAUGGAAGAGAAGAAUGAGACAAUAGAACAGUCUGUGAUGGCAGAAGAACAAGUUGAGGCCCCAGCUCCACAAAGUGUCGAAGGUCUGACUGUACCAGUUUUACCGGUACAAAUUACUGCACAAAUGGCCCAACAAAUGGCCACUUUCUUUCAACAACUGGCUAAUAAUCUGUCAGCCCAAGCCCAAGUACAGACCCAACCCCCACAAGGGCAGUGUGAAAUGGAAAAGAGGGAGAAACCUAUGGGUCAGAGCUCGAACAGUAAUUUGAGAAAGAGAAAAGAAUUUGAGGAACCCCGAGCUCAGGGAUACGAUAGAGGUGGAUCAUUAAGACAGAGACCACCAAGGUCCAGUCGUCGAACAACUAGAAGUUCCUACCCUUCCCGCCUAUGUGAAACUUGUGGAAAAUAUCAUGGUGGGAUAUGCUAUAAGACCUCUGGAGCCUGCUACAAUUGUGGAAAACUUGGACACUUUGCUAAAAAUUGUACUAAACCACCUCGAUCUGCUCUCCAGAGUUCACAGACCGUCAGUCAGAGUCAAGAUAGAAAUAGAGUUAGUACUCCUCACCACUAUAACACAGUGAAUCAACCCGAAUAUGGUUGCAUGUUUGAAGAAGAACUUGAUAGAAGGUUUAAAAGUAUUAGGGAAUUCGUCAAGCAUCAAGCCGAAUUAUCCACUCCAAUCAGAGCUGAAACUUUUAUUAGAAACGAACUACAAGUGAUUCCUUCUCUUCUUUUUGAACAAAAACCUUUAGAUUCAUCAAGUGAUUCAAAAUUAUAA